GAGACGCCUGCGGCCGACGGCGAAAAAACCAAAGGCACCUGGGGGCUAGGGGUGCCCGAAGAUUUGGCGGGGAGCUGUCCGAAAGAGUCAAGUGGGGGAGAAGUCAAAAGGGUUUGGGGAGUGGGUGGAAUCAGCGAAAGUCGGGGAGAUGGGUGGAAAACAACGAGUAGGUGUGAGUAGAAGGAACCCAAGGUACAGUAGAAAGGAGACUGGAAAGGGCGCUAGAAGAAUUCGAAAAAAGCAAACAACAGGGAUGAUGGUGGCGUUCUCUUCAGUCAUUGGGCACUGGGAGAAAGUGUUCUGCAGGCCUAGGCAGUGGAAGGUUAAGGUACCUCUUUGGGACUGAGGAGGUAUUUAGUGUGAAGUAGCAGCCCACCCCAGUUAAAGUCAUUUAGAUUGCUGGCUCAUUCCCUUUUCUUACCUACCUUUGCCAUCUCAGGUCCAUCAACCCUGUCCAUCCUAGCUUUAACUCAGCUAUAAAUUGCCUUGAUGAAGUUCCAGAAACUUGGCCAUUGCUCCCACACCCUGGCAUUAUGACAGGAUUCCCUUGUCACCUCUGGCUUGGGUCUGGGAGAACUAGGUGGGGAAGGUUGGCAGGUAGUAUUCAGGGCUCCUUCCUCCUCCUUGCAGUCCAGGGGGGUGUAAAUGAAGACAAAACCAACUCCAGACUUGUCCUUGAAGCCUAAUAAUGCUGCGGCUAAUGGGUUGCUACACUCAGGGGUUUCCAGAAAAAGCCAGCCUUAUCGUUCUGGGGUGCCUUCUAAUGACCUCUAAGCACUUUAUGGACUGUAUUUAUCAAGGGACUGUGAAUCACAAGAAUCACUAUUCUGAUUCUGCCUCAAGACUAGGAAGCCACUGACUAGCUGUAUAACUUUGGGCAAGUUCCUUCAUCUGUCUGGGCCCCAGUUUCCUCCUUGGUAAUUUGGGUUUGGUUUAGGUGAUGUCUUUUUGGCCUUUUCUUGCUUUGACGUUUUAUAAUCUGUGAAUGGCAGAGUGUAGAUUAGAAGCCACAUCCUCCAGCCUAUAGUUUGAGUGCUACAGUUCAGAAUGCACAGCACCCCGAGCGUUUGAGUGAGCAAGCGUUUGAGCGUUUGGUUCAGGCAGAGGAUGGGUCCUCCAGUUUUUGACACAAAUCUUGCAAGGCCAGGAAGCAUCUCCAGACCAGCCUGCAGCCUCAGGGUACUAAGGCUUCUUCCAAAACACAACUCUUCCUCUGCCCCCUUUUUUUUCUUUGCUCUGGCCCUAACAGAUUUCUAGCUUGGAUGCUCUGAGACAGCUUUGGGGAGGUCUCUUGGGGGAAAUGUUGACAGAGUCCCAAAGAUGAAAGGAAACAAUGUUGGGGAGCUCUCCUGAGGAUAAGAGAUUAUUUGUAUAAGAAAUAGAAAACAUUUCAAAUCAAGAAUCAAAGCAACUUGAAAAUUAAAUGGCACCAGAAGAUGGCAGUCUGCUCCAUAUCCUGAGCGAGUGAAAUAAAUGGGAAAGCUGGGCUCUUACCCAUAUACAUUCAUGCCGAUGUCUCUCCUGGUUAACCUCUGCUAGUUGUUGGGUUUUUUUCCCCCCUCCUACCCUAUUCCUAAGCCCUUUGCUUUUAUCUUGUCCCUCUCUUUUCACUUUCAUUUUUCUUUUAGCAUAAUAGAGUACUUACUUUCAUUUUCUCUAAUUGGAAAAUUGCCUCCCUCGUGUUCUGUGCUAUUCCUUCUCCCUCCAGAAGGGGUGGAGAACCUACUAACUUUUCUCCAAGACCAUGGUCAAUCCACCUUCCUCCCUCAGGCUCCUUCUUGACAGUCUUCUAGAAGGGAGAAGAGGGGAAAAGAAGCAGUUCCUGAUGCAAAUGAACAAGGAGCUCCCAGCUAUCUCUGAAGGGCACAAAUCAGAAAACAUCAUGCCUCCUAAUAAAGAGGCCAGCAGUCUUAAUACCUCCCCUACGGGGCUCAUCUGCCUCCCUCCAAUCUCCGAGGAGCUCCAGCUUGUGUGGACCCAAGCAGCCCAGACCAGUGAGCUGGAUGGCAAUGAACACCUGCUACAAACCUUCAGCUACUUUCCCUACCCAAGUCUAGCAGACAUUGCCCUUCUCUGCCUACGCUAUGGGUUGCAGAUGGAGAAAGUCAAGACUUGGUUCAUGGCCCAGCGCCUCCGCUGUGGCAUUAGCUGGUCAUCUGAAGAAAUAGAAGAGACUCGAGCCCGGGUGGUCUAUCACAGGGACCAACUCCAUUUCAAAUCCCUUCUCUCUUUUACUCAUCAUGCAGGGCGGCCCCCAGAGGAGGUGCCUCCUUCUCCAAUGCCACCUCCAGAACAAGUUAGUCUUGGAAAAGUGCCCCUGACUCUUACUGAGCCUACCCAGAUGAAAAAAUUGAAGGUAGAACCCAAGGAAUCCCCAGAGCCACUGAGUCACCACAAAACAAAGGAUCCCCUGAUGGCACCUGGCAGUAGGGCAUUCUCCCACCAAUCAGAAUUUUGGCAGGAUCUUCAAAGCAGUGGCUUCUCUAAGGAGCAGGCAGGCAGGGGUCCUGGCCAGUCACAUGACCUAGGUACUGCUUCCUGGAACCACUCCACAGCUACCCACCAGCCAUGUACUCGGGAUAAGCCCCCACCAGUCUCAUUACUUGCCAGUAGUUGUAAGCAGGGGUCAGCAUCUAAUGUGACUCCUUCUUCUUCUUCUACCUCUUCUUCCUCUUUCCAGGUACUGGCUAAUGGAGCUACAGCCACCUCUAAACCCCUCCAGCCACUGGGCUGUAUCCCACAGCCACUGUCACCCACUGAACAGGCACUACCCCCACAUGUGGAGCCAGUCUGGCCCCAGAGGCUAAGACAUAACUCAGUACUAGGUAGGGUUGGCCCUGCAGAGUACCUUUCCCCAGAUACACAACGCCAGCGAAAGACCAAGCGCAAAACCAAAGAGCAGCUGGCUAUCCUCAAAUCAUUUUUUUUACAGUGCCAGUGGGCACGGCGUGAGGAUUACCAUAAAUUAGAACAGAUCACUGGUUUACCCCGGCCUGAGAUCAUUCAGUGGUUUGGUGACACACGCUAUGCCUUGAAGCAUGGGCAACUAAAAUGGUUUCGGGACAAUGCAGUACCUGGUAUCCCCAGUUUCCAGGACCCAGCAAUUCCCACACCACCACUUUCAACCCGUUCCUUGAAUGAAUGGGCUGAGACACCACCUCUGCCGAUACCCCCACCUGCACCGGAUAUACGGCCCUUGGAGAAGUACUGGGCAGCCCACCAACAGCUCUGGGAAAGUGAUAUCCCUCAACUGAGUCAGGCAUCAAGGCUUAGCACCCAGCAGGUACUGGACUGGUUUGAUUCUCGGUUACCUGAGCCAGCUGAGGUGGUGGUUUGUCUAGACGAAGAGGAGGAAGAAGAGGAGGAAGAACUGCCAGAUCAUGAGGAUGAAGAAGAGGAGGAGGAGGAAGACGAUGACAGCGAUGAAGAUGUGAUCAUACAGGACUGAACGGGGGGCUAUGGGAGAGGAGGUCUGUUACUAAAAGAUGAACCAACUUAGUAACUGUUUAAACAAACCACAUUUUAAAAAUUACUUUGUGGCAAAGAACUUGAAAAGCUUUGUGUUCUUGAGGUUGGGGGACAGGGAUGUAGCAAGAGUGGACCAGGGAGGAUGAGCGUAGGACACAAAGUGAGGUAGGGAUUGAAUGGGCAGAAAUCCAGACCUCUAGACUCAAUGAAGAGAGUGCUAAGGGUCUGGUCCAAAUUUUGAGCUGGGUAAAGGCUCUUGCUGUCCUCAUAUCUGCUGUCCUUUUCCCUUAGUGGACUACAGAGAGACCAUGUCGAUAGGAGGAUUGGGAAGCAGGAGUAAAGAAUUUUGAUUCAACCAAUGAUUCCAGUGCAUCCCCUAGUCCCACCACUUUCCUGGAAUAUAAUGCUGCCUUGCUCCCCUCUUCUCUCAGCACAAGUCCAUGCAUCAUGGAGCUAAGAAUAUCAGUAUGUUCCAGUGUCAUAAAUAUUUCCUCUUCCUUAUACCACCUUGACUUGAUAUAUUUUACCUGCUUCAUUAUUGAGUUACACAGGAAACAAUGUUUUCGUUUCUGAUACUGGGACUACUUUGCCUUGAACCUUCUUAUCUCUUUCCACAAUUCCCAUUCUGCUCACUAUGUCUCAGGGUAAAUCUUCCCCAUGGAGCUUGUGAAAAAGUUUAAUAACUAGAUGGAGAAUAAUUUAGACUGGAUAUUUAUUUGAGGUGGGAAUUAGGGGAGAUGUCCUUUAAAAAAAGUAGAAUUAGGUUACAGAGGGAUAGAGGAGAGGAAAUGGUUUCUACUGUUCAGAGAACUGCAGGUAGGUUCCAGGUUUGGUUUUACAAACUUGACCCUCCUGCCUAGCUUGACAGAGACUGAUUUUUCAUCUUUUUGGUGUUGGUUCAGCUUGUAUCCAGAAGACAGACCUCUCUACAGGAUCUGUCUUGAGGCAGAGGGACCAGGCCUUUAACUGAAUUUAUUGAUGUUUUAGAAUGGUUUUCAUCAGGGGGUCAGAUAUAAAGAUAUCAAUGGGUUAACCAUCUAGAAACAAAAGUGGAAGCUCCGAAUUGCUAGAAUAAUAAUAAAAAGGCCAAAAAUAAAAUUGUUUCUGUCUCCUCCA